CGCAACGAGAGGUCAACGAACGAUCGCGCCAAAUUGCCGAAGCGAAGUCGCAAUUUACUACGUUGUUGUUUGUCGUGAAAAACUGUGUUGUGAAAAAUGUCGUCCCAGCGUAAAAAAGCCAGAGUUACCACGAAAACUACCAUCGAUUCCCUACCGGAUGAGGUUAUGUGCAUGAUAUUUAACCGGUUGCAUGAAUACGACGUAAAAAGCGCGUCGCAAACCUGCCAUCGAUGGAACAAUAUCAUAUUCAGGAGUAAUUAUGUUUCACGAUUAAAGUUGAAAAUUAAUUUGAAGAACGUGGAGGCUGUGUCCAAGUCCCAACGCUGCUACAGAAACGUUAAAUGGGCCGUAUAUGAUCAAGAAACGUUAUCGAUGUGGGGCACUAUUCACCCAAAAAUCACGAACAAUCUUCAUUCGCUGGAGAUUACAUGUACGAAGCAGCAAUCUACACCCUCGACGAUUGCUUUGAUAUCGGAGUCAGUGCCGUUAAUGACGCAGCUUCGGUCGCUUGCUUUUAUCGAUAACAUCAGAGAUACCUUUGAUCAAGAUAUCACGCCAACUCUUCGCAGCAACUCUAUUACCCGAUUUAAGUUCAUAUCCAAUUUUAAGAUUCGAGUGGAUAUGCCCGAGUUGCAAGUGUUCGAGGGUAAUUUGUCCGCAUUGAGUACACCAGAUGAAUGCAUCCAGCAACCUGCCCUCGACAAGCUGAAGGAACUUACUGUAAGCCGCUAUAACUUGCAGUCAGAUGCAUCUCUCAAUCUUCAGAUAUCGAUAGCAGCGGCCAAAUCCAUCUUCCGACGAUUGCCAAACAUUAAAAAAAUGACAUGGGAUAUUCGUGUUGAAGGUGCAAUUUGCGAUGCCAUAUGUGAAAUGUGCACAACACUAGAGGAGCUUUCCUUCGAUUAUGGAAUGAAUGCCGACGUCAAUGUAGCAAAUUUAAACAAACUUAAACAUCUUCAAAGUCUUCGACUUUGGGCUAUUCGGUUUGAUCGGGAAACGCAAUUCACGGAUUCCGUUUUUGAUUGGUCAAAAUUAACCCAAAUAGAGGAUAUAUUUCUGGGAUAUGAAGUACGAGAUGCUCUGAAACUUCCCAGAUCAGUUAAAAGGCUUGAGGUGUGUAUUGACAGUGACAACGAAGAAAGUGUGAUUAAAACUAUCACUAACAGCGCUGCACACUUGAAAGAACUGAAGGUGGUGAUUUCUGAUCGCGACGGCGAUGGUAUGGAUUACGAUGAACCCAUUGAAUUGUUGAAAGCGUUGUCGCGUUUAAAACAUCUCGAAGUUCUCACAUUCUACCAAGGACUUUUCCUAGAAUCUAGUUUCCAACGUAUGAAAGCACCCCUGGUUCGGCUGCACAAACUACGGUUCUAUGAUGCUCAAUUAAAGACGUCAAAAUCUGUUCGCGAAAUCCAGGGAAUGUCGGUUUCGAGCUAUAAAUUUCGUGCGCUAAAGAAAAGGUUCCCUAAAUUGAAAGAGCCGGAAUAUUCAGAAUGUUCAUUGCAACCAGAUAUAGGAAGUGACUCAGAAUAUGACUCUAGUUGUCUAUCGGACUCUGAUGAGUAUUAUAAAUGUUGAUUAUGAUGGAGCUACUGGUAGUUCAAGACAAACUUAUUUCGUUUGAAAAUGCAUAAGAAUAGUACUUGUUGGAAUAGAUUUCCUUUCGCUUUCUUACAAAUCGAAGCUCAACAUAGAAUUGUGGAAGCAGAGCUUAAAUGAAAUGGAUUUUUUCGUGGAAUUCAAGGAGAGAGCGGACUCUUAUUUGAAUGUUCAAAGGUAGUCGGUUGUAUGGUUUAAUUAUCUUAAGUAUAGUAGCAGAUCGCAUCUGGUACACUCCGAAUAUGCCUACGAAGCGAUCGUAGACAAAUGUGACCACUGCUGCGCCAUGAUUUAUAACAAAACAAAUAAAUAAAUAAAAAUAUGUUGUUUCCAUCUAA